GCAUACAUCGUAUCCCAGCAUGCAGCAGGAGGCCGUUGAGGGAUCCAGCAGCUGGUAGUGAGUUGCUAGAGCGCCGAGCAGGCUGCAGCCAACGGUCAACACAGCUCACGCUUCUCCUACUCCAUGUGAGAAAACCGAGCCGAGAACAUCGAGGCGACAGAAAAAUAUGCUGUUCGGACGCCUAACGUGUGACCACACCGGCUUUUAAGUCCUCAUUGUCACCUGGUUUUCAUUUUGGAGGAUUCCUCCCUCCAUCCUCCGGAUCCCACCGAACAGGCAAUGACAACGGUCUUAGCAACCCCGCAGCAGAUGAAGGACCGGCUGCUGCAGGCCAUCGACAGUCACAGCAAUAUAUGCAAUAUGGUGGCUGUAUUGGAUGUAAUUACCUGUCUAGAAAAAUAUCCAAUCACCAAAGAAGCACUUGAGGAAACUCGACUAGGAAAAUUGAUCAAUGAUGUGAGGAAGAAGACUAAGGAUGAAGACCUUGCCAAGCGUGCUAAGAAACUCCUAAGGAACUGGCAAAAGUUGAUUGAACCCGGACCAUCUGUAGGUGGGAGCACCCCUGGGUCUACCAAUGGAAGUUCCCAUCCCUGCAGAACAGAUGCUUCUCCCCCUGACAUUUCUGUGUCUGGGAAAGGUGUUCCUGAAGUUAAAAUUAGAAACGAUGUCCACAACACAUACUCACCGAAAGCAGAGAAAUCAAGCAGCCGCAAACGCAGAGCAGAGCACAGAGACAGUGGAGUGCACUUACCGGAAAAAAUCUCAAAGCUGUCUUCGUUUGACAACUCUGUGUCACCACCACCCACUAACGGCAUAGCAGGCAGUCCUGAUGCCCUGCUGGACCAGCAAGUCAUCCCAUCCCCUGACAGAUCACGGUUAGAGCACCUUGAUAAUGACAAAAUCAGCAGAAUUCCAGUUAAUGCUGUCAAACCUCGCCCCAGCUCCCCAGGAGUUGCCAAACUACCUAGCACUUCUUCUAUGAUUAAGGCUGCUGUGAUGCAGCAACAGGCCAGACUGGAUGAAGGAGGAGGGGGUUAUUAUCAAGCCAGAAGUCCCCGUGGCCUCACCACCAGUCCGAGGAGUGUGAAGCAGGACACAGUCACCAAACGCUCCUCAGCAUAUGCACCAAAAGGAACGCCAGUCUCGAGUCCUUCCUCCAGGGACUCUCCCUUGUCCUUGCCUCAGCCUGUAGCCUCCCCAGCCCAAGCCUCUUAUGCUGACAAGCUGCCACAUUCUUCUCUUAGGUCUUCAAUGCACUGGGCUGGGUCAUCAGAAGUCGCCACUCAUUGCCCACCACAAGACACAUCUGCAACACUGGAAUCCCCAUCGGUCUCCCCUUCCCUUUCCCAACCCCAACACAACUCGGAACUGCACAGACCGAUAUCUGAGGGAGCCAUGUCUGCUUCUGAGGACACAGACGGGGCAACAGUCUCAAACUUGGAGCAUAAAAGGAGGAAGUACAGAUCAAGAGACUACGCUGUUAACUUAGAUGGCCAGAAAAUAGAGGACGCGACUAAGCCUGUACGGUUAAAAGAACGCAGAUUAACAUUUGACCCUGUCACAGGUCAGAUCAAACCUCUGGUACAUAAAGAACCUUCUCAUUCAGAGGAAGCCCAUACUCCUGACCCUGCAGAGUCCAGGCAAAGAACCGAUAGCAUUGUACAACAACCCCCUAUCCCAGUUCCUACCCCAACGUUAGCCCCUGUCUCUGCCCCAGGUCCAAGCACUAACCCUUUCCAUCAAACAAACUGGAAAGAGCUGUCCAGAAAUGAAAUCAUCCAGUCCUACUUGAACCUUCAGAGCAAUGUGCUCACCUCCUCGGGGGUCCAGGCCCCCAGUGCACACUUUUUCAUGUCGGAGUAUCUGAAAAGGGAAGAACAGGAGAUCAAGGACUCGAGGAAGAGUCAUGUUCUGCAGACAGACAGCUCAGUAGGGGUUUUACCGGGUGUGAGCCGGGAGGUGACUGACGAGGACCUGGACAGGAUACACAUGCAGCACUGGCCCGGGGUGAAUGGUUGCUAUGACACCAAGGACAGCUGGUAUGAUUGGACAGAGUGCAUAUCAUUGGACCCUCAUGGGGAUGAAAGCAAAUUGAACAUCCUGCCAUAUGUUUGCCUAGACUGAGGGGUUUGGGAAGGUUUGCUGUCCUUUUCCACUCCUUUCUCUGUCUCCACACAGAGACAAGCUACUUUGUGAUUUUGUUUGUCCACUGUGAGUUCGGCAAGAGUCAGGCCUGCUAAACUCCUACCUGCCCCACCUCCCACCCCAUGCCUUUUCCUCUUUCUGUGAUAAUCCGAUGAGAUUUUGGUAUAAAAUAGUAAAGAUUAAAAGAAUAGUUGAGUUUGUCAUACCAAGGGCUGUUUCUGUUUUAUUUUUCAAAAUGAAAGUCGCAGGAAUGACAAGGCCCUGGCUGCAGAGCACUGCUACUACCACUGAAGUCAAGAAAGAGAGGACAGGUUUAUCCCAGAAUACUAGAAAUGGUUUUAUAAUGAGCAUUUUCGAUGAUCUGUUCUGUACCUCUGUUUCAGGUCCACUGGGAUGACACUGCUUUCUUUUUCUGUUUUCUUUUAUUCUUUUUGACAGUCUAGUUUUUAAUGAGGAAUUACAAUCUAGGGUAAAUUUGAGGGAAGGCUGGGGUUUAGCUGUCCUGUCCAGUCUGCCACGUUGGUGCCCAGAGAGGUGUUGAUAGAGUUCAUCUAGCACAGAUAGAGCUGAACAUGUCCAGAGUAUGAAGUACUGGAGCAUUUUUGGCAGUUACAAGAAGCUUUAUGUGAGAUAUAAAGAGUAAAUUAUAAAUUUCUUAUCAUGUAUACAUCUAUUUAUUUUUGACCAGUUCAUUUAUGGAGCGUCCUUUCAAACAGACGUUCAGAAGCCUAUAGAUGUUUCCUUUCUUUUCCUGUUUGCAUCACAUUGUUGCCAGCCUAAUCUUUGAUGUUAAAGGGGCAUGCAGAUAUCUUGUUGCAUGGUCUUUCUCACAGAUCGGCCAAUGCAUUUGGUCAUUUACAUUCCAUACUCAACUCUUCACCCACUUUCGCUCUCUCUGGCUCAUCAUAAAGCACUCAUAUGUCCAUGGCAUCUCAAGAAAAAAAAAAUCAUCCAGAUCUGUUCUACUGUAAGGUUAAUUCAGAGAGUAUCAACUCACCACACAAUAGCAGUCUCCUAAGCUUAAAAAUGAAAGAAUGUAAAAUCAGAUGGUGCUGAUCAAAACUGCAUUUUAGUGGAAAAAAAUAUAUUUGAAUGCCAGGACUCACUUUUCCAUUCCUUUAGAUUUUUUGCCUUCUGGAAAAUCUUUCCCAUGUUUUUCUGAGUUAAACCGCCUUAGUGAAUGUACAGGAUCGAGACUCCUUAAGCACUUGUACAUACUUUUAUGACUUGCUGGUCAUUUCAUUACUGACUUAAAUCAAGUGUGAACAGUGACUGAUAACUCCAUCUAUUUAUGUGCCCAUAGUUUAUUCAGAGUUUAAGAUACAUUUGACAUUUUUGCAGCUGCUUUCGAGAGUUUAGAGACAUUUAGGAGGCUGAUCGCAGUAGCAUUUCUUUUGCUUCCAUUUUUUGUAUACAUCAAGCAUAAACGGGAGAGAGAGAGAGAAAGAUGUGUGCGUCAGAUGUCGUUAGUGUUUUCAUGUGACAACUAAUACUCCUGAUUUCCCUUUAUACUCAUCAGUCACCACCACUUCUCACAUGACUUAAAGAAGAUUGGCUUCUGUGCAGCCUCUCUGUCCAUACAUUAUUUCAGUCAUUCAUCCCUACCAAUGUGCCUUGGUAAAUGGUAAAUCUGGAUUUGCUUCUGCAUUUAAAAAAACAACUGUGCCGUCUGUGAAUCUGGAUUUAUGUGCAAGAAUUCCAAAUCCGGUGAUCAAUACGACGCUGGUAUAUGCACCAUUUCUGUUACUUUUUGUACACGCUGAUCUAGCGAGGGUAAAGCUGCAGACAAUGAGAAACUGCACAACAACAGCACAGCUGGCAAUAAAGGAAAAAAGUGCUUCAACUGGUUGAUAAGAAUCUGUUUUCUGGAGUUUUGACUGGGGCAUCUUUAUUUGUUCAGUGUUUAACAUCUCUCGAUUGUUUGAAAAAUAAAAUGAUCUAAAUCUUCA